CAACCCCAAUGCGGUAGGCUAUUUCGUGUGACUUCCUUGUUGCGCCAUCUAGUUUCAUCUGUCUGCCGCCGCCACUACUCGACCACACGGAGCGCGUAGCACAUGCAAGAGAUCUCCCACUAACACCAACGACAAAAUGCCGGGCUUACGGGACAUUUUAAAGAAGAAGGACAAAAUCAGCAAUGAAGCGCAACCUGCGCCUGCUGCCCUCGCCCCGCCUGCGCCUGAAUUCACGAUCAUCCGCUCGACUACGAACUUCCAAGAGAUUCUGGAGCCGCCCGCACACCCUCAAGACGACAACGACGCCAAUCGCCCUCGCGAUAGCAAAGAGAAACGGCGCUCGCUAGGGCUGCGCGGCUUCUCAAGCUCAUCAGCAGCGAAAGAUCUAUCACCUGAGGCGCAUAAGUCGAGCCAGCAGCUAGGCGUGCGACCUCGAGGAGAACGGCGCCUCUCUGAUCGGCUGCAUCUACACCGUCGAGAUCGAUCACGCUCUGCGUCGGCAGAGACGAGUAGCAAUCUCCCAGAGGACUUGCCUGCCGCACCUCAGGCAUUGGCAGCACGGCCAAAGGAGAAAAGCGUGGACGAUGCUGCGACUCAGGCAAACAAGGAGCAGCAAGAUCAGGAGCAAGAACAGCGAGAAGCACAAUGGGAGAAGCGGGCGACAAUGCUGGCCAUGAGCAGUCCUUUCCGCGAGACCGGAAAGGCCCCUGGUCCGAGCAGGAGCAGGAGUCCGAGCAUUUCAGACGCUUCGGGGGACAUCAACAUCCAAGAAGCUAUACGCCUGCAUGAAGAAGGCAAGCUCAAAGAAUCGAGCGAGAUGUUCGGUGCAUUGGCCAAUCCUAAAGGUGCAAACAAUGCGCUCGCAGCUGUGCUAUAUGGCCUUGCUUUACGACAUGGCUGGGGCAUACCCAUUGACGCUGAGAAAGCCAUCUACUACCUGUCUUUGGCAGCAUCGAAUUCCGCCUCAGUCGAAGAACAGGCUCUGGCAUCUGGUAUGAAGAAAGGAGGGUCGGCACGCGGCGAGCUCGUCCUUGCCAUUUUUGAGCUGGCAAACUGUUUCCGAAAUGGCUGGGGUGUCGCGAAAGAUCCAGUCGCGGCUAGACAGUACUACGAAACCGCCGCAAAUCUCGGCGAUACUGACGCCAUGGAAGAAGCAGCAUGGUGUUAUCUGGAAGGCUUCGGAGGAGCCAAAGACAAGUUCAAAGCGGCGCAGUACUUACGCUUGGCCGAGUCGAGAGGAUCGAAAGGAGUUUCCCAAAGCUGGAUUUGGAAGGACAAGUACAAUCCUAAAUGACAUCACGAUGUAAAGAGAGAAGGAAAGCCACGAGACACAGUACCAGAGUAACAGACUCCACAUGGGAGCAGACCGUGGAUUUGGUCGAAUGUACAGCAGUAUAUAUCCCGUUACACGCAACCGACAUCUA